ACUCGACCGAAAUCGCUAUAAACCCGAACGAAAACACACACACAUCAAAGCAAUUACGCCCGUUAAUGGCGGCCUCUACAGAUACAACGGCAGCGCCGUCGACGACUCUCCGGCACGCCUCUGGAAAUAUUCUCGCAUUCUUCAUCCUCCUGUUAAUUGGCGUACUCGCAUUCUCGAUCCGUCUUUUUUCGGUUAUUAAAUAUGAAAGUGUUAUUCACGAGUUCGAUCCUUAUUUCAAUUACAGAGUUACUCAGUUUCUCACGAAGAAUGGGAUAUAUGAUUUCUGGAAUUGGUUUGAUGAUCGAACCUGGUAUCCUCUUGGACGAGUCAUUGGUGGAACGGUUUACCCUGGAUUGACUCUAACAGCUGGGACAAUAUGGAAGGUACUUCAGUCCUUGAAUAUUCCCCUAUCUGUGGAAACUGUUUGUGUAUUCACUGCUCCUGUAUUCUCAGCCUUUGCUGCAUGGGCAACAUAUCUCUUGACAAAGGAAGUUAAAGGAGCAGGUGCUGGACUAACAGCUGCAGUUCUUCUGGCCAUGGUUCCAUCUUACAUAUCUAGAUCAGUGGCUGGGAGCUAUGACAAUGAAGCUGUAGCCAUCUUUGCUUUGAUCUUCACCUUCUAUCUCUACAUUAAGACAUUGAACACAGGAUCCCUUUUCUAUGCUACUUUAAACUCAAUUGCAUACUUCUACAUGGUAUGCUCUUGGGGAGGAUACACCUUUAUUAUCAAUCUGAUACCAAUGCAUGUGCUUCUUUGCAUUGUGACUGGUCGCUAUUCAUCUCGGCUCUACAUUGCAUAUGCUCCACUUGUUGUCUUGGGAACAUUACUGGCAGCAUUAGUGCCUGUUGUUGGUUUUAAUGCAGUCAUGACAUCAGAACAUUUUGCAUCAUUUUUGGUUUUCAUUAUCAUCCAUUUGGUCGCUCUUGCAUAUUACAUUAAAGGAAUCCUCUCACCAAAGAUGUUUAAAGUAGCAGCCACUCUUGUUAUAUCAGUUGGCAUGGUGGUAUGCUGUGGUGUAGUAGCUGUACUUGUAGCAGUGGUUGCAUCUAGUCCAACAAAGGGAUGGAGUGGAAGAAGUUUAAGUCUUCUUGAUCCAACAUAUGCAAGCAAAUACAUUCCAAUUAUUGCAAGUGUCAGUGAACAUCAACCACCUACUUGGCCAUCUUACUUUAUGGAUCUAAAUGUACUAGCAUUCUUGGUUCCUGCUGGAAUUAUUGCAUGUUUUUCACCUCUAUCUGAUGCAAGUUCCUUUGUCAUCCUUUACAUAGUAAUGUCGGUAUAUUUUUCCAGUGUCAUGGUACGAUUAAUGCUUGUGCUUGCUCCAGCUGCAUGCAUAUUAUCUGGAAUUGCUCUUUCUGAAGCCUUUGAUGUUUUCACAAGAUCAAUUAAAUUCUAUGUAUCUGACCUAUCUGAAAAUCUCCAGACUGAAGCAGGGGAUGGAGCAUCUGCUAGUAAUGUGUCCAUGGAAAAUAAUGACAAAAAAGAAGAGUUGUUGAAGGAAAGAGGUUCCAAGAAAAACAAGAAGAAAGAGAAGGUGGUUGUGGAAGAGAGUUCUAAGAAGAAGAAGACUGAAAAGAGGCCUUUAGUUUUGCCUGUUGACACAUCGAUUUUUGCUCUUUUCUUAAUUGUGUUGUUGGGUGCCUUCUAUGUGGUCCAUAGUGUAUGGGCUGCAGCAGAGGCUUAUUCAGCUCCUUCAAUUGUGCUGACUUCUCAUUCACCCGAAGGGCUUCAUGUUUUUGAUGAUUUCAGAGAGGCUUACGCAUGGUUAAGCCAUAACACUGAAGUAGAUGAUAAAGUGGCAUCAUGGUGGGACUAUGGUUACCAAACAACAGCAAUGGCUAACCGUACAGUUAUAGUUGAUAACAACACAUGGAACAACACACAUAUUGCUACUGUUGGCACUGCCAUGUCAUCACCCGAAAAAGCUGCUUGGGAAAUUUUCAACUCCUUGGAUGUCAAAUAUGUCCUUGUUGUUUUUGGAGGUGUUGUGGGAUACUCUAGUGAUGAUAUAAAUAAGUUCCUAUGGAUGGUUCGUAUAGGAGGAGGUGUCUUCCCACAUAUCAAGGAGCCUGAUUAUCUUAGAGAUGGGCAAUACCGAAUUGAUUCACAGGCGACUCCAACCAUGCUAAACUGCCUUAUGUAUAAACUAUCAUAUUUCAGGUUUGUGGAGACGGAUGGUGGUAGAGGAUAUGAUAGAGUUAGGAGGACUGAAAUAGGGAAAAAACAUUUCAAGUUGACUCAUUUUGAAGAGGUGUUCACAACUCAUCAUUGGAUGGUUCGGAUAUAUAAACUAAAACCUCAAAAGAACAGGAUUCGUGGCAAGACAGCAAAGAAAUCUAGAUCGAAAAGUAGCUCGACCACCACAACACCAACUAGAACAUUAACGAAAAGGAAUCCUUGGCACUAGGAAUGUUUUUUUGUUUUAUUUUUUACAUUUUUCGGGCCUUAACUUUAUGAGAGGUAGCUUAAAUGUAAUACAUACAGAGAAGAAAACAAUCCUUUGACCAAUAAACGCGGAAUUCCUAUUAGUAUUACUAUCAACAACAAUUAUGCAAUCAUGGACACUUGGACACUAA